AUGUUUUUGGUGGACUGUUCUCGAUUUUCUCGGCUGGACCUUUUUGUUCUCGAUUUUCUCUCGUCGGCGGUUUACGACAUGUUUCAAGGUGGUUUUUCUUUGGUUUGGUGGACUGUUGUGCUUUGUGAGCGAGUUCAGACUGCUGCUUUUGGUGGUCGGCUUUGGCUCAUGGUGAUGUUCUGUGUGUUCUGUGGGUGGUGGCGAGAGCUCCGUCUCUACCUCCGGUUAAGACUUCACCUGUUCUGCCUUUGCGCUAGUCUGGAUUCAAAGUGCUUCUUAGUCCCUAGGCUUGCGUUGCUAGUGGGAUGGGUAGUUGCUGUCGUUUUGGCUUGUUUGAGGAUGGGAUUUCCAGAUCUUCUCCCUCUCUUUCCCCGUCUUUCGCGCGUUUGUUUGUCACCUGAAAGUCUCUCCUUCGCCGAGACUUUGUUGCUCUACGACACUUCGAUUUACCCUUACCUCUUCAAGUUCUUCUUCAAAUUCGUACUAAUGGCGAUUAGAAUUACUUUCACCUACUCCAGCUAUGUUGCUCGCAAUCUCUCUUCCUCCGCCGGAGCCCGUGUUGGCGCGGGCUCCGGCGAUCUCCGCUCCUGCUAUGAGUUAUGGGUUCGUCCCAGAUUCUACAGCCGGAAGCCCGAUCCGGACAAAUCUCCCGGAUCCAAUCCCUGGACCAGCCCCAAGAUCCGACCCGCGUCGAUGUACAGCAGCGUUGCGAGGGAGAUCAUCGGAGAAGGGAGCCAGAGUCCGCUCGUGAUGGGGUUGAUCUCGAUUCUGAAGUCAACGACGUCUCCUCAGUCGUCGUCGGCGGCGAUGAACGUCCUCGGGAUCUCACCGUUCAAGGCCUCUUCUAUCAUUCCGUUUCUUCAAGGGUCGAAAUGGAUGAAUCCGCCGGAAAUUGAUGACGUGGACAAGGGAGGAACGGCGUGUGAUGAUGAUGACAAGGAGCUGAGUAAGCUGGAGGAGUUGAGUGAUAAGGAGUCGAGUGGAGGAAGCGGAUGGGUUAAUAAGUUUCUGAACAUCUGCUCGGAGGAUGCAAAGGCUGCUUUCACGGCGGUCACCGUCUCUCUCCUUUUCCGAUCGGCUCUUGCCGAGCCAAAGUCGAUACCUUCCACGUCUAUGUACCCUACUCUUGACGUGGGUGAUCGCGUUAUGGCUGAGAAGGUCUCAUACUUCUUCAGAAAGCCGGAGGUUUCUGAUAUAGUAAUCUUCAAGGCUCCUCCAAUUUUGUUGGAACAUGGUUACAGUUGCAACGAUGUGUUCAUAAAGAGGAUAGUGGCAAGUGAAGGUGACUGGGUAGAAGUUCGUGAUGGGAAGCUCUUUGUGAAUGACAAUGUGCAAGAAGAAGAUUUCGUGUUAGAGCCAAUGGCCUAUUUAAUGGAACCAAUGUUUAUCCCCAAAGGUAAUGUCUUUGUCCUCGGAGAUAACCGCAACAAGAGCUUUGACUCUCACAACUGGGGUCCACUUCCGAUAGAGAACAUCGUUGGAAGAUCUGUGUUUCGUUAUUGGCCACCGAGCAAAGUAUCAGACACCAUAUACCACGACCAAGCUGUGCCAAAGGGAGCUGUUGCUGUUUCAUGA